AUGAGAACGCGCCUCACCAAGUCCUGCCUUGCACGUACAGUGGGCCAUGAGCACUGUCCCAUCCUCUUGGACCCCAACCCAUGGCUGGGUGGGGGUCAUGUUGAUGGCCUGGGAAUCUUUGACCCUUGUGAUGCAGUUGCGUUCAUCCAGUUUGUGGAGUCAUGCCUCGUCCUUUGUCUCGGCCUUCCUUUGACCCUCGGGGCCAUCUAUGGUCUCUAUUCUCAGGUGAGAAAUGGUGAAGUUGCUCCGAUCUACGUCAUCAACCUUCUCAUCUCUGACCUCAUUCAGUUCUGCUGCAUGAUCGUUGAGGUGGCACAGCCUGAGGACGAGGACGUGUUCAAUUCUGAGUACUGGGGGAUAUUACACGUCUUCCACUGUAUUUACAUCUACAGUCUGGUGGCCAGUGUUGGCUUCAUGGUGGUCAUCGCUCUGGAAAGGUAUUUGGUCGUCGUCCACCCACUGUGGUACCACUUCAGACGAACCAUCAAGUCCUCUGUGCUGGUCUGUGUCCUGGUCUGGAUCCUUCCUGCUGUCACCUCUCUUAUUUUCAUUAUCUCUUAUGAUUUCAUGGUGCUUGUUUUCACCAUCUUUUUCCUCCUUCCUCUCCCGCUGCUCAUAUUCUUCCUGAUUGCGACCCUCAAAGCCCUGUAUGCUUCCAUCUCGGUCCCAAAUGACGAAAAACGACGAAUUGCAGGAAUGUUGAUCCUGGUGCUGCUGAUUUACACGCUGCUGUUUCUGCCCAACAUCAUUCUGUUGGUGGACUGGUCUGAUUACGUUUUCAACCCAAAUGGACACAAGCCACAUCUUGGCUUUCUCGAGGCCCUGGCUCCUGUGUUUGCUAAGUUGAGUCCUCUGGCAGACUUAGUUCUGUAUAUGUUGAUGAGGAAAGGGACCAUACGCCAGCUUUCAGCCUGUUUGUGUCGCUGCAGAACAGACAGCAAUGAAAUCAGAUCUGUAACUGUGAAUGAUGUCAACAUGUCUACAGUCACUUCAAGUCAGCAGAGAAAUAUGGAGAGAGAAGGGGAGAGAACAGAAGGAAAACUAUAG